GUUCACUCAAACUAUCAACUCCAACAAAAAUGCAGACCCAGUCAAAAGAUUUACCCACAAAAUUGGAGAGAAUUGGUGCACAUUCACAUAUUAGAGGUUUAGGUUUGGAUGAUAGACUAGAACCAAUUCCUUCUGCAGAAGGUAUGGUAGGCCAAUUGAGAGCCCGUAAAGCAGCAGGCGUUAUUAUAAAGAUGGUGCAGGAAUCUAAAAUCGCAGGAAGAGCUAUCCUCAUGGCUGGUCCACCUUCUACAGGUAAAACCGCUAUCGCUAUGGGUAUGGCACAAAGACUCGGUGACGAUGUUCCAUUCACGUCAAUAGCUGGUUCUGAAGUCUUUUCUCUCGAAAUGUCCAAGACAGAAGCACUCACGCAGGCUUUCAGAAGGUCAAUCGGUGUACGCAUCAAAGAAGAGAGUGAAAUGAUUGAAGGAGAAGUCGUUGAAAUACAAAUUGACAGGUCUUUGACUGGUGCUACGAAAACAGGUAAACUCACUAUCAAAACGACCGAUAUGGAAACAGUAUACGAUCUUGGUAACAAAAUGAUUGACUCUUUGAAUAAAGAGAAAGUUAUGGCAGGCGAUGUCAUCAACAUCGAUAAAUCAUCUGGAAAGAUAACAAAGUUGGGUCGCUCAUUCACAAGAGCUAGAGAUUACGACGCAAUGGGCGCAGACACAAAGUUCGUUCAAUGUCCAGAAGGCGAAUUACAAAAACGCAAUCAAGUCCAACACACCGUUUCUUUACACGAGAUUGAUGUCAUUAACAGCAGAACACAGGGUUUCCUCGCUCUCUUCAGCGGUGAUACAGGUGAAAUCAAGCCUGAAUUACGUGAACAAAUCAAUUCAAAGGUCGCCGAAUGGCGUGAAGAAGGAAAAGCAAGUAUAGUACCUGGUGUUCUCUUCAUCGAUGAGGUACACAUGCUUGACAUUGAAUGCUUUUCAUACUUAAACAGAGCUUUGGAAAAUGAAUUGGCCCCACUCGUUAUCAUGGCUUCCAAUAGAGGCUACGCUAGAAUUAGAGGUACAAAAUACACCAGUCCACAUGGUAUCCCUGUAGAUUUACUGGAUAGAUUACUCAUCAUCUCAACUAAGCCAUACGAACGUGAAGAUAUCCUCAAAAUCGUCCAAUUACGUGCUCAAGAGGAAGAUGUCACUCUCGAUGAACAAGCUUUAGUUGCUUUGGAGAAAAUUGGUGUUGAAUGUGGUCUCAGAUAUGCAUUGAAUCUUAUAGCACCAGCUCAGUUGUGCGCUAAGCGUCGCAAAUCUAUAGAGGACGUCGUACAACCUGAAGACUUGCAGAAGGCAUACAAUUAUUUCAUAAAUGACAAAAGGAGUGUAGAAUUCCUCCGCGAACAGGGUCAAUUGUUGAUCUUCAAUGAAGGCGCCAUCACUGAUCAAGCGAAGGACUGGAAUUCCCUACAAAACAUCCCUAAUGCUGAACCUAUGAACAUAGCCUAAUGUAUUCUGUCUAAUUUAUGUUAUUUGAAAAGUAAGGAUGGUAAAUUGAUAUAUCCAUAUAUCUUGAAUAAACACAACAAAACGAAUUAAGCCAGCAAUGAAAGUCUCACUUCUAUUCUGCAUUGUACGAAGCGCAACUCUUUACCUAAUCUAGGGAAGAGACUUACUGGGACAGUGAGAGUGUGAAUUUAUUAGGACUCUAA